GGGCUCAGAGAUGAAUGAAUGAACCGAGGCUCCGGCUCCUCUUCCUCACUCAGCCCGUGUGAAGAGCCUCAGUCUGGGGACAAACUGCGGGGACACCACGCUGCUCCCGCGGAGAACACAACCACCUCCUCUCCAGCGUGUGUUGAAGUCAGCUCAUCUCGGUCCACAACUGUUAUCUUCUGUAAAAUCUAACGUUUGCUGGCGCUGGACGAAGACUUCGGACAUUUAUGAUGAAGUUUAAGCCCAACCAGACCAGGACGUACGACGGAGAGGGCUUCAAGAGGAGGGCAGCGUGUCUGUGCUUCAGAAACGACCAGGAGGACGAGGUGCUGCUGGUGAGCAGCAGUCGACACCCGGACCAGUGGAUUGUGCCGGGAGGAGGAGUAGAGCCCGAGGAGGAGCCUUGUGGCGCAGCCGUCAGGGAGGUGUAUGAAGAGGCCGGUGUGAAGGGGAAGCUUGGCAGACUACUUGGGAUAUUUGAGCACAAUCAGGACAGAAAGCACAGGACGUACGUGUACACCCUCAUAGUGACGGAGACGCUGGAGGCCUGGGAGGACUCUGUCAACAUUGGAAGAAAGAGGAAGUGGUUCAAGGUUGACGAAGCCAUCAGGGUCCUGCAGAGCCACAAGCCGGUCCAUGCAGAGUACCUACUCACACUCCCCAACACCUGUGAUCCACCCUGCGGCCCCGGGUGCAACGGCAACAGCCCCAGCUCCCACGGGACGGACAACAGCAGCCCUCACUGCGUUGUCUGCGCCACACAGGGCUCAGAGCUGGUCAACAGAUAGGGCCGUCACCAGCAGCGACACCAGGAUGCACAGUGGAUCUCUUCUGCAUUCAUGACUUCUUGAAGUGGGCUUGAAGAGUGCCAAAGUGUAUUUAAGAUUUUAUAUUUUUACCAACCAGCACAAGGUUAUAGAGAAAAUGUGUUCCUGGAUGGGCUCUCUCAGUGUGCUGCCUCUGCACUGUAAAGAUCCUUUUUUUCUUGUCUCACAUGAUGAAUAUCUGAUUGGCCGUGCACACAGUGUUGGUUGGUUCUCUGGAUACCAGGACUGGG